AUGCUAAAAGAUAUUUAUGUAAAAUCUGUGCAUAUUACUACAAUUCGAUUUUCGAAAAUUUAUUUCAGUUGUGUUCCACAUUUGAGAGCUUUAGUUUCGAACAAAAGAAUGAAAAUUCCUUCAUUAAAUAUGAAGUGUCUUCCAGAGCCAAAAACAAAUGACCAUUCACAGGAACAUUAUGAAAUCCUUCAAGUUUUGUCGAAGUGAGGAAGAUUUAUCGCUAAGAAAAUCGUUUAGAAGCGAGAAGUAUCCAAGCAAACUGUUUCGUUUUACAAUAUUCUUUACAAUUACUUGUCGCAUAUUAACAUGCAUAGCAGUUAUACUUAUAUCACUGAAUUUUGCUAUCAAUUAUGUACAACCUGCAAAUCAAAUUUAUACUGUUGCAGAGCCCACAUUCAGUGCUCAAAUUUUGAUAAAGUGCCUUGGUUCUUUCACUUACGUGCUUUGCGGAAUGGAAAUAAUUCUAAUCUCAGUACAACUUAUAUUAUUUCUAACUUUUAUCAAGAAGGAAUAUGCUUUCUGUGGCGUAUCAAUAGCUGUGGACUUCGCUUUCUCCCUGCUGUUUUACUUACUUCGUAGCAAUAGGUUUAAAUUCGUCCGAGGUGUCAUCAACGUUAAUCGCUGGCAUAGGAACGUUAUUAAAAGAUGA